AUGUAUUACGAAAUCGCUUGCAAUGUUUCUCGUUCUCUCCUUUGUCCGCAACCAACUCGCACGACCACGUCCAGCCUCCAUGUCGUCGAAAUCUCGCCCUCCAUGAGCCACCAUUAUGCGUAUCCACCACCAGGAAGCGUCUUUCCGCCUCCAGCGGGCUAUAUGCCUCAUGGCUAUGCCCAAUAUAGCCCAUAUCCGACGACGCCAGUAGCUUCGAAUGGCCAUUAUCCCCCUUAUCCUUAUCCCCAACCUCCGUAUCCCCCACACUACCACUCAUACCCUGCCCAAUAUCACUCGAUGCAUCCGUACAAGUCCAAUGCAACGGGCAGCGCUGCCCCGGACCCGAAUGGAUGGUACAACCCUGCUCAGAGCCAGCGCCUGUCUCGUUUACUAGCGCCCAACAUGCAGAACCCACCGCAGCAUCCCCCAGGGCUGUCCAUUAACCCUCGCGUGGUUGAGCCGCCCUCGGCGUUUGAGAGCGAGCAAGUCCACGAGCACUGGCGAGGACGACUUGCACCGUUUCCGGGAUUCUCGUCGAAGCCAGUCUUGUUGCCGAUGAAGGGGAUUCAGCUCGCCGAGGACGAGAAGCAAGGUCCAGAGACGCAGUCACCGCCAGAUGGCAACCCCGAACUGAUCCCCCCUAUGUCUUUUUUUGGUCCUAAUUAUCGUCGCAAAUCUUCUUCAAAACCCAAAGCAAAGAAAACCGACAAAAAAAAUGCAGAAAACACGAAAAAAGAAUUCCAGCUUGACAAAUAUGCCGACAGUUUUGUACCUCAAUAUCUCAAGAAAAUACAACUCGAAAUACAUCCAUUGAAGCCUUUGCCUCCGAUACCCAUCUUUCCAUCUGCAACAUAUCUCCAAUCUUUCCUUUCCUCCCGAUCCAUUCCUCCGUCUUCGAAAUAUAACCUAAGCUUGCUCUCGUCGCCGCCGACGGCGUCUAAUUCAAAACCACCCGUUCUGGGCAAAGAAACUUACCACCAACACUGGAAGGAGAUCUUGCGAUGGGAGCUCGACGCGAUAACUCUGAAGAAGGAGCAGAUCGUGCUGUGGAAGAUGGGUCUGAAGGUCGUGGCCUGGAAGGAAGCCGAAUUCGUGCUGUCGGUGCCCGGCAUACGCGAGAACCAUCCGUACCUCGAGAUUGGGGACUUGGUGAAUAUGCGGGAGGUGCUCGAGGCGCAACAGACAGGCAGUGGACACGCUGUGGAAGCACGGGUAGUGGCACUCAGGAAGCGCGAGGGGCUUAUUCACAUCGCGAGCCAGACGCUGCGUGAGCACAUACAGACCCAUGUCGCCUUGUCGCCCACCACGAAGCUCGAAGACGGAUUCGCGGUGUAUGGCCCGGAAGACGACGUCCCGCUUAAGUUCAACGUGUCCUUCAUGACGAAUGCACGGGCUCUGUGCUACAUGGAGACCGCCGUUGCCACCGUUGCAGAAUCCUUGAACGACGAAGCGCAGGGCACGAAUCUUACGCGCCAGUGGAUCUUCCCCGAACCGGAGGACUACGUGAAGGCGCCAUCGAAGAGGAUGAGAGAUGGAGAGAUCAAGGAGACGCAGUGGGUCGAUAGAGGCCUGAACGAUGAGCAGCGCCUGGCAGUCAAGUCCGUGGUGUUAUAUCAGUCACCGGUUCCUCAUCUUAUCAGUGGUCCUCCGGGCACUGGGAAAACGAGAACUGUCGUCGAAGCAGUACUUCAAAUCUUCCAGGUACAGCCGGAUGCUUGCAUCCUGCUCUGCGCACCCUCAAAUCCUGCGACGGACACCCUCGCUCUUCGUCUCCAAAAGAAUCUACUGCAGGACGAAAUGCUGCGGCUCAACGACCCCAACAGGACUUUUGCCGAGGUCCCGGCUGCACUCACGCCUUAUUGCUACGUUGAGAAUGAUCGUUUUGCCCUUCCGCCGUGGAAGAAAUUCAUGAGCUACAGAGUUAUAGUCUGCUGCUGCCUUGAUGCAAGUAUUCUGGCCAGAGCACAGUGCAGCAAUACUGCGCUCAUGGCGAUGGAGGACGAGAUGAUCUCCACUCUUCACCCAUAUCGGAAAACAAAGUACCUGGCACAGCCACACUGGACGCAUCUGCUAAUCGAUGAGGCCGCCCAAGGUUCUGAACCCGAAUUACUCAUCCCGAUCUCUGUGGUUGUGCCCCCUGUGAUCGCGGAGAAGACCGUGGCUAAGGCUUUCAUGCCACAGAUUGCGCUGUGUGGCGACAUAAAUCAACUUGGUCCCCUGAUUUCGUCGGACGAAGCGAGAGCUGCCGAGCUCGAGGUGUCGCUUCUUGAGCGCCUAUUUGAGCGCCCGCUGUAUUCCGACUUCAUGGAAGCCACUCGCAAGGUGUCAGUCAACGGAAAUGGGGGGAACACAGCCUCGCAACGUCUACCACCGUACACUCGUCUAGUCAAGAACUAUCGCAGCCACCCAGCGAUCUUGAUGCCACCGUCAGCAAUGUUCUAUAACGACACUUUGGAACCGUGCGCGAAGAACGGGAAGGUGGUCUGGAAGGGACUCCCUAACCCUGACCUGCCGCUGAAGUUCAUCGGGGAUGAGUCUCCCGAAGAGAGCUCGGAUGAGCGCGCGUCGUGGUUCAACCCCGUCCAGCUCAACUCCGUUGUGGACGUCAUUAAAUCUCUGCUUGCUGACCCGCGUGCGAGCAACCCGCCUCUUCGCCCAGCCGAGAUCGGUGUGAUGGCGCCUUGGAGAGUGCAGGUUUGGAAGUUGCGCGAAAAAUUGAGGCAGGAAGGUCUCAGCGCCGUCGAUGUUGGUACUGUCGAGGACUACCAAGGUCGUGAAAGCCGAAUUAUUAUUCUUUCCUGUGUUCGUUCGAAUUCGAGGUUCUUGGAAGAGGACCAUCAGAAAGGGUUAGGAGUGGUUUUGGAGCGCAAGAGGAUGAACGUCGCUAUCACCCGCGCGAAAGAACUCCUGGUCGUCCUCGGCAACGGCUCGCUUCUCCAGGCCGACCCCUACUGGAAGAGCUUUCUGCAGUUCGCUCUAAGGAAUAAAUUGUACGAGGGCCCUAAGCUCACACUAGAGAUGGAUGGCAACUAUAUCUCGCGCCUGGAGUCGAAACUUCUGCUUUCUGGGAAAGCUGCAGCUAAACUCGACGCUGAGGAACGGGGAGUGGUGGUAGCCGCGAGUGCCGCUCGCGAGAUCCUCAGAGAGUGA